ACCAAUCCAGGUGUUCUCUCAGUUCACUCGAUAUGUGUACGCGAUGAUUAGUAGGACUUUCGCCCUCCAUCACGUUGUUCUUAUCUCCAUUUGGUGAAUAAAAGAUAUGCCUUUUUUUUUUUUUUUCAAACUGUGUGUUUACCCACCCUACAUCACCCCGCAAAAACACAAUGCUCUUUAAUAAAUACAAAAAAAAAUUUACAAACACCAAACGGAGGUACUGCGACGCGCCCGGAAUUGAUUUCCAAAAGAGCAGAAAAAUAUUCAACCUGUUUGCAGACGAGGAAUCGUUAAGAAAUCUGAUUUUAAAAAAUUAUUUUAAGAUCAUUUUAGAAAAAGUUUUUGAGAAUUUCCAGAAAAAGAACUACAUCUUCGAAGUGUUUAUCCAUGUGGACAUUCUAAAAUUAGUAGACUCCACGAACUAUGCGAGUUGCUACAUCACGAAGAACUUUGUCGCGUUUACCAACGCGUUUAACGAGAUUUCAUACUCCCUGUUGUCCCAAUUUGAGGAGCGUUUUAAGAGAGAAAACCCCGAAGACGACAUGGUGGAAUAUCUGAACAUUAUCAUAAGCUGCAAAUUUAUUUUCUUCACGCUUAUUCCGAUAAACACCCCCAUAAAAACCGAUUGUAUCCUUAAUCUAUCGAAUGUGAACAACUUGGGGAGCCAUUUUUAUCAAGUGAUUGAACUGAUUAAUGCAACACUGAUGAGCAAAGAUAAGAAGAGCUUUUUGUAUAAAAAGCUGUACAUGAGAGUAUGCGAGUGCUCCAAGAAGUACUUGCCGCAUCAGAAUAUAAUUGUGAAAAUGAAUAAGCUUGGGAAAAUGGACGAGUAA